AUGUUGCUUUGGCUACACCUCUAUCUCUGGCUUUGCCUCUCGCUUUUUUUGAAAUCCACUUCUGCCCAAACAUGCAGUUCAUCGAGCCCCUGCGCUGAGGGAUGUUGUAAUAAAUGGGGUAAUUGUGGCUUUGGGCCCGACUACUGUGGCCAUGACUGCAUAUCAGACUGUGGCCGCAAAUCACAGUGCAACCCUGGAUAUGGCGCUAAAUGGUCACAGAAAGACAAGUGCCCGUUGAAUGUUUGCUGCUCAAAACAUGGCUAUUGUGGUACUACUAAGCUGUUUUGUGGGGACAAGAAAGUCUCUCACAAGACAUGUUCCAAAACCAAUGGAAACACGCGCAUUAUCGGUUACUUUGAAGGCUGGGCAAGUAACCGGCCAUGUAAUGUUUUCUGGCCUGAGCAGAUACCCGUUGGGCUCUAUACACAUAUCAAUUUCGCCUUUGCAACCAUCGACCCUGUCAGCUUCAAAGUACUCCCUGUGUCUGACAACGACGUCGCUUUGUACAAGCGGCUCACGCACCUGAAGCAAAAGGACCCAGACCUGCGUGUGUUCAUUGCUAUAGGUGGCUGGACCUUCAAUGACCCUGGUCCUACCGCGACAACUUUCUCCGAUUUGGCUGCAUCUGUGCCACGACAGAAGGCCUUCAUUGAAUCAUUAGUGUCUUUCAUGUCGACCUAUGGAUUUGAUGGUGUUGACCUCGACUGGGAAUAUCCUGCAGCCAAAGACCGAUCGGGCCGGGAGGUUGACUUUUCAAACUUCCCCAAAUUCAUGAGUCGUCUCAAGUCCGCACUAGACACAGCCAAAAAAGGCAUAUCCAUUACACUCCCUGCUUCCUACUGGUACCUACAAAACUUUGAUAUCGUCGAGUUGGCCAAGUCAGUUAGUUGGUUUAACAUCAUGUCGUAUGAUCUCCACGGUACCUGGGAUAAAGGCAAUGAAUGGACCGGUGCAUAUCUCAACGCGCACACCAAUCUAACGGAAAUUGACCAGGCUCUUGAUCUACUCUGGAGAAAUAAUAUCAGUCCGGACAAGGUGGUGAUGGGCUUGGGCUUCUAUGGCCGCGCGUUCACAACCACCAGCCCAUCGUGCCUUGAGCCUGGCUGUACAUAUGAGUCAGGCGCCACAAAGGGGAAGUGUAGCAGAGAAGUCGGGAUUCUUUUGAACUCGGAAAUUGACGAUCUUGUCAAGGAGCAUGGAGUGAAACCGAAGCUAUACAAAAAAGAAGCCGUAAAAGUGGCCUCCUGGGGCAAUCCUACGCAGUGGGUGGCUUUCGACGAUGAGGAGACAUUUCAGCUCAAGUCAGAAUACGCACAGAGCCGUUGUUUGGGAGGUUUGAUGGUGUGGGCCAUCAGUCAUGAUACCAAAGACUCCAAGUACAACAAGGCUCUAGCAAAGGUCGCAAACCGCAAAAUCAAGGCGCUGUCCAUCAGAGACGGUUCGGAUGCUCCGUACUCGUUUGUUGACAUCCCCAAUGACCAGUGCAAGUGGACCAAUUGCAACGAGGGAUGUCCGUCUGGCUGGGUGCUUAUGACGCGUGAGGACCCAGGGAAGCGUGGCAAGGAGUACAUGUUUGAUCAGACAGGUUGUGGCGGCAUCGGUUCACACGCAUUUUGCUGCCCUCCAGGCCAGAAACUGCCGACCUGUGGGUGGUAUACCCACCACAAUGGGAAGUGCGACGGUACCUGUCCUAAAGGUAUGGGCUACGUCGGUUCCAACAAUAUGUAUUGUAACAACGGCGGAUUCCAGGCUGCCUGCUGUACUCAAGAUACCAAGAGUAUCAAGCUGUACACGCUCUGCGAGUUGGGUGCAUUCCCCUUUUGCGACACCCAAACAGGGUGUCCUUCAAAGUCUGGAGAUCAGUCCAGAAAGACACUUCUGACCUCAUCAUCUACUGGAAUGGGCGGUGCCGAGGUAAAUGUCUCAACAGCUGGAGGAGGCUGGCCGGGAGGAUACAGCCGCGGUGGAGAGCGCAAGUUCUGCUGCGAUACGAGCAACAAGAAGAUGACCUUCUCCGAUUGCGAAUGGUACUCGGGCCUGGGUUUUGGUCCUGCAGAUGGUGGCGAUGAUUUCUGUCGGCCUAACUGUCCGAAUAAUCGGGUUCGUGUGGCAAUGGAUACGGGGGCUAAAGAGUGUUCCGGCGGCGGCAAAGCCAGCUGCUGCUUGCCAAACUAUAGCGACACAAUCGAAGUAGAAAACGACAAACUCGGGGUGUGGCGUGACGAACUGAAGCGCUGGCUUAAUGAUCCGACAUGCGCUAAACCAGGCGCCAUCAUCAGCAGGAGAUACAAUCACGCCAACUCCAAUUCCCAGAGUUUGUUCAGGAGAGCGACCAACCCAGGAGAAGCCAAAACCGAGAGUCUCCUGCUUGCCCUGGUCACCAAGGUCGGCACGCAAGCCAUGCUUGAAGCCAUGGAGAAGGUCUGGAAUGACGGCACAGGGAACAAGUUUCCGCACUUCAAGAUGCCCGGGUUUCGUGAUUACAUAACAAAUCUUCCUAAUUACGGCACCGAAGGCCCCAUGGAGCUCUGCCACGACAUCAUGUGCAGCCCAUAUUACUGGGAUGCCCGGGCAAGUAAGGGCAAGACCAAGACGGUCGACUGUGUGGAUGGCAUCUGCACCAGUAUAGACAGCUGCGAUCUCGAUGAGACGGAUGCUGGCGUUGCCAAGCGCAAUGUCAACGCAGAGCUUGAUGGAGCAAAAUACAGAGAUAUUGAAUGGAUGUAUCGUGGAGGCAACAACGCUCAUGAUGCACAACUUGACGAAAAUGGGGCACUCAUAUCUCCAAACAUGAGGCGCUUCAUGAAUUUGGAGAAAAGGAUCACAGGAGCGAGGCCAUUUACUGCUUCUCUUACUUCCCCCUCAGGUGAACGAGCGGCUAUCAUCAUCACUUUGCCUGGUUACUACAACUUCGAUGAUUACCCGUCCGAUGAUCCGUUGAUGGAUGAGGUGGUCGACUUUGCGAGCAGAGGCGACUGUACAAACACCCGUAUUAUCCAUCUGUCACUUCCCAACGGCGAAACGUUCCAGAUUGAACAUCUUUUUGACGGCAACGUGAUGGCCAGGUUCAUGUCUGAUGCUGCCGCUGGACGCCUCCGAAGUGGUGCCGUCGCCCGGGCCGGUCCCGUGAGCAUCAGCUUCUUUAGACAAGCACGGACAAUGCCACUACUUCCCAACGCGCCUCCGCUGCCAGGUGGUGCAGACUACAGCAGCCUCUAUCCCCGCGUCAUGGAUUGUCUGGGUAGUUUUACUAACACUGAGACGUUCGUGGGCGCACAUAGGGACAUUAAUGCCGUAAAGACGAAUUUGAUGCGGGGGCACAACCCCAUCGCUACAUCAAGGUGGCAAAGAUUGGCGACCAACGCAGCCGCACCGGAAUAUGUCCUCCUGCGUCUUCGUGCCAGCAUUGGAGUUAUUCGGUAUCUCAACCACCGUGGUACACCCAAUAUAAAUGGACGUCUAGCCAUCAUCAUCAACAACGUCGGCAUCCAGUGGGACCAUGGUGCAGCGACGUGGAACGCGGCCAAUCCGAACAACCGUGUGGCGAUUGGCGACCUCUGGCGCGAGUGGGCGCCCGACUUCUUCGCCUACCUUGUUUUGCACACACAAAAUUUUGUCCGCAAUGGUAUCACGCAGAUGCGCAAUUAUUGGGGUGUCUCAACCAGUCCGCUGACUGACCAAGUGCUCGAGAUUUUACGGGACUUGGAGGACCAGUUGGGCGAUCUAGAGAUCAAUACGGAUGAUUUUGACACAUAG